AUGCAGAAGAUCGAGCAACAACUCCUACGUAUGGCAUUGAAGGCAAAACAGGAUCACAUGUUCUCUUUGCUUAAGAAGUGUGUGUAUAAAGAACAUUGUUGUGAACGUUUUGUGCCGGAACGCAUUUGGAGGAGAAUAGUGGGUGAGUCAAAGUCCAUUUGUGAUUAUAUUCGCUCUAGUGCUAAAUCUAGACUGCAGGAAAAGUUCAGACGAUUAGUAGACCAUCAGCAACAUCAGAAGGUUAGUAAAUCUGUUAAAUCUACCUCUGUAUGUGCAGAUCACAACAGCACCAUUGCUAAUAAGAACAGUGCACAAAGUUCAUUUCGUGUUUCUGUGAUUGGUGAUGUACUCAUCUCAGCUGACGCGCUUUCUGUUUUGGAUCUCGGUCCUAGUUUCGCGCCUGUGCAAUCAAUAAGUCCGGAGGUAUCACGCAAGGUUGUGGGCAACCUCCAAUUGGUUCAUGAUAGGUUGCGACUGAGAGCAAAAGAAGAAGAGCGAAGGCAAGAGAACAGAAUAGCUGAGCAAGUAUCCUUACCCUCCAUACCUUUCCCGCGUAUGAUGUAUAAACCACCUGAACCCAACCCCACGGUAGACAACAAGUUUCGAGUGUUCGCAACAUCGGUGUAUUCCGUUUUGGAGCGUUUCUCGAGAAAACACGUAAAUUUCAAUCUCACUGUCGCCCAAUAUCGAGGCCUACGUGAGAUUCGCAAUCUUAUUACAGCUGGAGAGAUCAAGGUUUCCGUUAGUGAUAAGGGAGGCGAAUUUGUUGUUCUAUCACGUGAACUAGACAAGGCGAUCACGAGACAACAUCUUGAGGAUGACAGUCUAUAUGUCCCAUCCUCCGCCAAUGAGUUUAGAAAGCAAUAUCGCCGCCUAAACAGGGUUUGGGUAGAAACGGCUGGAACAGCAGGGCUCCCAAAAAACUUUAUUACGCGUCUCAAGAACGACUUACCCGCAUGUCCAGUCCUAUACACGCUAAUUAAAACUAACAAGCUCUCUGAAAAUGGCCUCACUUCGAACGAUCCACGUGACUUUAAAGUGAGGCCUAUCAUUAGUGGUAUCGGGGGCCCCACGGAUAGAAUUUCCUGGCUGCUCAACAUAAUCCUAAAUCAGCUGCUCAGAUAUGUCCCUGCCCACCUCAGCAGUUCUAGCAACUUCCUAAAACAUCUCCGCAGUACCUCAUUUGAGCGUGAAUGUGUAGUAGAGACCUUUGACGUUACGUCACUCUAUACAAACGUUUCAAACGAUGUAGCGAUGCAGGCUGUUCACGAACUGCUCACGCAGCGCCAGGCUUCUUUGAACAUGUAUGGAUUCAGCAUCAGGUAG